AUGGAGGUGUCCCUCAGCAGGGGCACCCAGCUGGCAGAGAGCCAGGUCACUCGGAGGACAGCCCUCUCGCUGCUUGGAUUCUGGGCCAUGCUGGCUCCAGUCCAGUGUUCUCAAGGCCAUCCCUCAUGGCGCUACAUCUCCUCGGAGGUGGUGAUACCCAGGAAGGAGCUCCACCACGGCAAGGGCGUUCAGGUGCCAGGAUGGCUCUCCUACAGCCUGUACUUCGGGGGCCAGAGGCACGUUAUGCACACGAAGAGCAAAAACAUCUUUUGGCCUGGACAGCUGCUGCUGCUGACUCAGGACGAGCAAGGCGCCUUGCAGAUGGACUUCCCCUUCAUCCCUUCAGACUGUUACCACCUCGGCUACGUGGAGGGGAUUCCUUUCUCCGUGGUCACUGUGGACACGUGCUAUGGGGGUCUUGAAGGUAUUAUGAAGCUGGAUGACCUUGCCUAUGAAAUAAAACCCCUCAGGUAUUCUAAAACGUUUGAACAUGUGGUUUCUCAGAUAGUGGCAGACGCCGACACAAUGGGACCCGUGCAUAGCCUGAAAGACAGGCAGAAUGGGGACGCCCUGUUCCCUGAAGCUGGUAUCAGUGAAGCCCGCCACCAUUAUUUGAAUUCUAGGUACUUUGCCCCGCAUAUAGGAGUUAUCAGAGGAUUCGCUUAA